UGUAGUUCCAGCUGAGGAUGGGUGGAGAGACCACCAGUUAAUCUUCGCAGCUUGCCUCCCAGCCAGUCUCUGGGGUCAACGCAGGGGCUCCAACUGUGCAGCCCCUCAGGGAUCUCUCUUUCCGCUCCCCAGGUGGAGACGGGUGGACCCUGCACAGCCAUGACCUCAGCAGGGAGGCAGCCUGAAGCCCAGGAGGAGGUGGCCGUGGAGCCGGCACAGCUCACAUUGGCGUCCAGUAACCUCUAUGAGUGUCCAGUGAUGGAAGCUCAGAGCCUGGUGCCAGCCACCGAGGUCUUCAGGAGCACGGGGGAAGACAGUUGUCCAAGAGGACCUGCCUCGGAGCCCGAGUCCCAGGAGCAAGAGCCCAAGCUGGAGGUGGUGGUGCCAGAGGAGAGAGGCCCCAGGCUUAUGGUCACUCCCGUGAGGCCUGGUCAUGGGCCCAAAAGGAAGCCGGUCAAGGUCGAAGUUGAGCUAUCCCCAGGGCUGUUACUGCAGAGGGAGGAGUCGGAGGGAAGCCAGAGCGAGCCCUCACCAUCCCCGAAACAGCACAAGAAAGCAAAGAAGCGCAAGAGCCUGGGGGCUUUCGGGCUCCUUGCCUCCGCAGCACCUGCUCCAUCAGAGGUCUUGGGACCAGACCGGAAGGCCCAGCGCCUACGGCCACUGUACCAGUAUAUCAACUACUGCAAUCCUGAGUUGAAUCAGGCCAGUGAAGAGGACGUGGAAGCCAAGGCCGAGGCCAAGGCUGAGGCUGAGCCAGACUUGGAGCCGGGCCUGGUCCCCGAGGAGGCAGGGGUGGAGCCACUGCAGGCCCUGCUACCUGCAACAGCAGCAGCAGAGCUGGGCUCUGGCCUCGCCAUGCCCUGCAUCAGUGUGCUGCUGACCCCCAUGCACGUGCUGCCUCCUGGGGAGGAGCCUGAGGGUUCACCUGAUGCGGGCUUGAGUGACUGCCUCAAGGCUGAGGUGGACAAGGCAGCCCAGGCAGACAUCGACAAGAUGCUGAGUGUCUGCGCAACCCCGCUGGUGCCCCCACUCUCUCCACAGUACAAGUGACUGUCCUGUUGUGCAGGGGCCAGAGCAGGGGCAGCAGCCUGUGGGCCCAGGCCCUGGUGGAAAGCGGAGGUCAGCUCUGCCAUGCCUAGCCAUGUUCCUUGGAAAUAAACAUCUUUCCUU